AUGGAGGAGAGCGGCGCGAGCGCGGCGGCCGUAGUCCCUCGGCUGUUGGCGGCGAAGGAGGAGUCCGGGAAAAGCUUCUCGGACAUCGCGGCCGAGACGGGGCUCACCAACGUUUACGUCGCGCAGCUGCUGCGCCGCCAGGCGCAGCUGAAGCCCGACAUGGCGCCCGCGUUCCGGGCGGCCGUCCCGGCGCUCACCGACGAGCUCGUGGAGCUCAUGAUGCGGCCGCCUUUCCGGUCCUACCACCCGGACAUCGUCCACGAGCCAGCCAUAUACAGAUUGAAUGAAGCUGUUAUGCAUUUUGGAGAGAGCAUCAAGGAGAUCAUCAAUGAGGAUUUUGGUGAUGGAAUCAUGUCGGCUAUAGACUUCUACUGUUCAGUUGACAAGAUUCAAGGGGCUGAUGGAAAAGAUCGUGUGGUGGUCACAUUUGAUGGGAAGUAUCUGCCUUACACCGAGCAGAGAUCUGAACAUAUGAUGUCAAGAUUGAACCGGAAUGCAUCUUGAGAUGGCUGGUGUUACGAAGAGGAUGUAUGUUCAUGGUGUAACACAUUGUGUGUUGCCUGAUUCUACUUUAGACUUGGAAAAAAAUGAAUAAUGGCUUUUCUGGCAUGAAUGACCGACAAAUAAACGAACUUUCUACAUGUAUGCAGAAUUAUUUGUUAAAAAUGUGGUUUAUAUCAUCAUUCUUCGCUCUGUUAAGUGAA